CCCCACCCACCCCCAGUCCAAUUCCUUCAGCACUCCCCGUGAAACCACUCAGGGGAGCGGAGGCUGGGCCUUUUCUCUCCCUGGUGUCACAGACUGACCAUCCCCCCUGUUAUCAGGACUGAGACCUGGGAACCAACGUACAGCAGACACUGUGGGCAGGCGAGUUAGCUCGUGAGCGAUAAAGCCGCGAGGGUAACCUGACAGAGGGUAACCUGUGCACUCUCAGCCCCCCCCCCCCCCUCCUCCCCAUUUCCCCCAGUAUCCUGGGGGUCCCUCAGCCUCCAGUUCCCAUCUGCUCCGUUUGCAGGGUCAGGGUCAGCUGAGAUUACCGCCACUGCACACUCUCUCACCCUGUCGAUAUUUACCAAUUCUGCUAAUGUGAGAGAGAUUGAGAGCUCGGCGUGGUGUCUGAAGAGGGAGAAUUGGGAAAGUAUGGAAUGAACCAGAGCUUUGAAUCAAGUGCCAACCUGUGUUUCCUGGAGAGGUUGCGACUGGGACAGCGUUGGCGUUAACCCCCGCAUGGGCACGUUCUUCUACAGCGAUGCUGAGCUGAAUUCCCAGCUCCAGGAAUCUGCGCGCUCGCUGCUCUGGGAAUAUGACAGCGACGGAUCCAGCCACAGCUUCCCGGAGACCGAGUGCCCUCCGCCCGACCAGGGCUUCAUCAAUUACCUGCUGGCCCAGCAGAGCAGCUCCGAGCUGCAGCUCCCCACAUUCCAGCCCCGCUCGUCCCGGAGUUUCCAGCCCACCCUGGACGAGAUCGAGGAGUUCCUCCUGGAGAAGACCGGCCUGUCGCUGAAGGGGGAGGUGUCAGACCCCGGCCGCUGGCCUGUCCGAUUGAACCAGGAGGCGCAGGGAGGCUGCCCGGUCCUGGGAGCCUCGGAGGGUCAGCAGUUGCAGCCGCAGCAGCAGCAGCCUGGGGAUGGGGAGCAGCUCCCCCUGCCCUCACCGGGUCCCUCCGCCCUCCUCCUGCAGCUGCAGUGUGUGAAGGAGGGGCACGGGCUGCUGCCCCAACUCCUGGUCAGUGUCCAGGGACAGACCUACGCCCUGGUGCCCCAGGUCACCCCCUCUGCGCCCCCCCGACAGUUCGUCCGCAUCGCUGCCAAGCUGUCGGCCCAGGGGCAGCGUGAAUCGCCCAGCAAAGCGGCCCCCUUCACCCCUCCCGAGCUGCUGAAGGUGCACAAGUGUUCCUUCCCUGGCUGCAGCAAGAUGUACAGUAAGAGCAGUCACCUCAAGGCCCACAACCGGCGGCACACUGGAGAAAAACCCUUCGCCUGCACCUGGCCCGGCUGCGACUGGAGGUUUUCCCGAUCUGAUGAACUAUCGCGACACAAGCGCUCACACUCUGGGAUUAAACCCUAUCAGUGUUUGGUGUGUGGGAAGAGGUUCGCUCGCAGUGACCACCUGUCCAAACACGUCAAGGUCCAUCGCUUCCCGCGGUGCAGCCGAGGGACGCAGGCUGCAAACUGACUCUCUGCCCCCCUCCCAGAGCACCUGGACAAGGAGUGGAGCCAGAGCCUGGGUGUCAGGGACAGGAAUACCGAACCGCAGGAGCCUGGUUAUAAACCUGCUGACGGACAUGGAAUCGGAUCCGACUGUCCGGUGUUUACAGGUCUCCGAGUCCGGGACAUCGAUCCGACACCAGCAGUCGUGGGCUUCAGAAACAGGAGCACGGACUGAACGGGAUCAGUCGCACCUGGGGGAGGCUUGAUCAGGGAAAGCUGCUAUAUAAAUGUAAACGUUGUUGUUGGGUCACAGAUUCCCCGAUUCCCAAAGGUUUUUCAGAUUUCCCACCCCCGGCCCCAGUUCAAAACUCUGUGUUCCUCUCGGCUCACCCCCCCCCCUCAAAAAAUCCCCCACAGACUGGGGGCAGGGACCCCACCACCCCCCUCCCCUCCACCCGAUCCCCCCACAGACUGGAGGGGGUAUCUGUCUGUCCCUGAGGGGGGGGUAUCUGUCUGUCCCUGAGGGGGGGU